AUGCAAGACGGGAAGUCCCGUCUGAAUGCUUCUUGCUACUCGGUAGCUGGCAGCACUGUCGAAGAUGACCUCGAAUGCCAGCUUGAGAGGUUCUUUGAGCAAUAUCCUAAGAAGAAGACGCCAGAUUCGAAACCGCCUUUGGACGCAAAUAAAUCGCUAUAUGUCCUCUGGGUAGGAACUAAUGAUUGCGGACAAGCCGACCCGUCAGACCUGGAAGAUAUUGUAGACAGUCUUUUCGCAAAUGGUCUGGACGAGCUCUACGUGAAAGCUGGCGCUCGCAACUUUCUCCUCAUUGACGUCCCACCGAACGAGCGCUCUCCAGCAGCUACGAUCCUGUCCACCGACAUAUCUAAACAAUACCUGAUGUGGAAUGAGCUACUGAACGAGCGGGCCAGGUUAUUCGCACAAGAAAGCAAGAAUGCGUCCGUCUUCUUGUUCUCAGCCAACGCAGUGAUAUCUGCGAUCCUCGACGCUCCUGAUGAGUAUGGAUUUGAAGAGGAGGAUAUAUUUGAAGAAGGUGGUCCAAUUUGGCUGGACGACAUGCACCUAACGAGCGACGUUCACGCAAUCAUAGCAGAAAAACUGGAGAAAGCGUUGCAUUCCGUGCCAUGUGGCAGCGCAUAG